AAACCUGCAUCUGCAUCGUCCACUACCGCCCAGAUAGUGCCUCCUUCAUUCGCACUUUCACAGAAGAAUGCUAUCGCCACAUCUUCCAAUAGUCUCGCAGACAUAAAACCGAAAAUUGAUGAAGAUUUACCGAAGAUUCGCUCAGAACUGCGAACUAAAUUGCAUCGUUUCGAUGAGGCAAUAUACUCACUCCGAGAACGCAACGAUUGGCUUCGAGACUUAUGCGAUAUUUUGUGCAGAAAUCGUAUCAAUGAAUUCAAUGAUUUGUCGUAUCGUCAAAAUAAGCUUGAAAGGAGUCUGCAAAAAAUUUGUUCAAAAGUUCAAAUGGUGAACGAUCAGUUGGAUCGUAUGUCGACGUCGUCCAUCCGAGCAUCAGCGCAUAAUCGCGGUGGUGCGCCCGUACUGAGUGCUGAAGAUGAGCAGUGUGUUGUGAAAACAGCGAGAAAUGUAUGUAAAGCGGUUAUAUCCCGAAAAAGAGUAGUGGCUGAAUUGCAACGUAAACUCAAUGAUUUGCUAGCACGGAGCAGAAUGGCAGCAAAGAUAAAAGAGACGAAUGAUAGCAGCGUGAACGCCUCAACAAAUCACGAAGUAUCGGAAGGAAACGAUUCGAGUGUGUUGAAUUAUUUGUCACAGUCGAAAAUUGUUGUCGCAGAUGAUGAUAGUUACACGCAGAUAAAUGGGAAGGAGUUGUGCAGUCAUGAGAAGAAGCUUUUGAGGUUACGAGCGUUCGCAAUGAGGAACGUGAGUGCAGUGCCUCGGAAGGUGAACGCAAUCACUCAAGAACCAUGGCAUCCACCCGUAAACCAAACGUCCACCUCAAUUUUGUCACGGNAAGGUGAACGCAAUCACUCAAGAACCAUGGCAUCCACCCGUAAACCAAACGUCCACCUCAAUUUUGUCACGGAUCGAAGCAAAACUCAACCAAGUGUCUGUAUCGCCAACUCGCAAUGCAACAAAAAUGUGUUCAUUUUUAAUUUCUAUUCUCUCAUUCCGUUCAUUUUCGAUGAGAUGUCAAAUGACGGCUUAAUGCCGAUAACAAUUAAAUGUUUCUUUUGA